CUGAAGGAGAUUGUUGCUGCUUGCAGACUGCGCGUCCCGCGUCGUCCGUCCUGGGAUGAAGCCACCACCUCAGAACAGUUACAGGAGCAGGAACGCGCACAUUUCUACCAGUGGCGGCGAGAGCUGGCGUCCCUGGAGCAGGAUGAGCGGCUGGUGCUGACUCCCUGCGAGAAGAACCUGGAGGUCUGGCGGCAGCUGUGGCGUGUGCUGGAGCGCUCCGACGUGGUGGUGCAGGUUGUGGACGCGCGCGACCCGCUGACCUACUACAGCGAAGACCUCGAGCGCUACGCACUGGAACUGCACCCCACCAAGCGCUCGUUGCUGCUCCUCAACAAGGCCGACCUGCUGCCAGCGGCGCUUCGCACGGCGUGGGCUGACCACUUUGAUGGGCUGCACCUGGACUAUGCGUUUUGGUCGGCCAAGGCGGGCGUCGGCCGGGUGGGUGGCCAGAAGUGGGGCAGCGAGCAGCUUGGUAAACCCUGGCCUCGGUUGCUCAGUGUUCAAGAUCUGAAAAGCGUUGAUACCUACACACAGCCAGCCCACCUCCCCCUUCCCAUGCGCCACCUACCUUUGCGGCAAAGCGAAUGUGCUGUGAUUCUGCAGGCCAGCCGCGGCGAGCGGCUUGUUGUUGGCCUCACUGGCUACCCAAACGUUGGCAAGUCAUCCACCAUCAAUGCGCUGUUUGGCUCCAAGAAAACCGCCGUGGCGCCCACACCGGGCAAGACCAAGCACUUCCAGACACUCAACGUCACCGCCAAUUUGUGCCUGUGCGACUGCCCAGGGCUUGUGCUGCCCCAGUAUGCACAUAGCAAAGCCGAAAUGGUGGCAGCAGGUGUCAUCCCCAUUGACCGCCUCACAGACGUGCGUGCUCCGGUGGAGGCGGUGGCGCAGCGCGUUGGGCGGCGCCAGUUGGAGAGUGUGUACGGCCUGCGCCUCCCGCCGCCAGGGCACCAGGAGGACCCACACAGGCAUGUACCACUUGUGCCGCCCACUGCCAUUGAGCUGCUGCGGGCAUUUGCCUAUGCACGUGGCUGGGUGGCUGCCUCAGGUCUGCCAGACGAAACGCGAGCGGGCCGCCGCAUCCUGAAAGAUUACGUGGAUGGAAAAAUAUUGUACUUCAAGGCCCCGCCUGGGGCGUUGGUUGACGAA